AUGCGUCUUUUCUUUACUAUAUUUGCUACUCUCCUGAUUGUUGGAGUAUUUUCCAACCACCAGGAAUUAGUGCCGUUCCCUAAACUUUUGAACAUUCAAGUCCUUCGAUGCGGAAAUCCAACAAUUUAUUCCAACACUCUCGAAGAAGAAGAGAGAGUUGAGAUUUAUAACCCACCGAAAGUUUACACUGAAUUCGAUGAGACUGUUCGUCUGGAGUCUAAUGAAACUGGUUUGAUUCAAUUCUUUAUUCUUGCUAGAGGACAAAUAAAUGUCGCGAUCUGGAUGGACGAGCAUAUAGUCGAAGGAGUCCAGUAUGAAGAGGAUAGGGACUUGAGAGAAGCGAGAGGCUUCAUUAUUUCGCUUCCAUUCAAAGUUGUGCAAUCGGUCCGCGAAACGAAAAUCACUGUCAGAUUUAGAUUCGGUCGUUAUAACAAAACCACUGAGGUUUACGCCAGCACUAAUACUCUGGAACCACCACGCCCACCUACUCUCUAUUUGUCCAUAAUUUUUUCCGAAUCUGAAAUGGAAGAAGCAAAACGCCUAGAAGGAAACGGACAAAAUGUCAAUGAUGCUUUCAUUGAAGAAGAAGUUGAUUUUGGAUCGGGAGGAACCACUAAGGCAAUUAACAUUUCUGGAGCACUGAAGAACAUCACCAACAGCGCAUCGACUAUCGAGAGAAUUCCGAGACGCCCAAAGGUUCCCGUGUGUGAAAAUAUCAACCUGAAGAACUUGAUUUUCAACCGUAUUUCUUUCAACACAACUACCGUUUAUGAAUCCACCACGAGCGGUUUCCAUGACAUCACUAUCAAGAAAUUCGAAACCGGACAAAUCAUUUUUGCUGUCUCAGGACCCGGAAAUCUGAAAGUUUCGAUCUGGUCGACCGUCGAAGAGACUUAUGCGGCGAAAACAAUGCAAGUGACUAACGGAUACGCAGCGUUUUCCUACAAAGAUGGAUACGAGCAUGUUGCCGUGGACAAGCUCAUUGCCUACAUCGAGAAUGACCUUGGAGAGCAGUGCUGGUAUUAUCUCACAAUCAAACGUGUUGAAUAA